AUGACACUAUUCAACCCGACAACCGUCCUCGUCGGUUUCCUCCUCCUAUACCUCUCCUCCUUUCUCAUCUUCGCUAUCGUCCGCAUCGCGACCGGAAUCUCGAUCCAGCGGAUAGGCUACUUCUCGCUGCGCCGCAUUGCAUACGUUCCGAAGGAGGGGGUGCAGAUUGAACUCCGCGGACUCGGACUCUCCUUGCAUCCGCCCUCGUUCGCCCAACCGACAUGGCUGAGCCUGCGACUCACAGACCUGAAGGUGACGCUCGACCCGUCGGCCGCAGCGAAGAGGAACAAUUUGGCGGGCAAAUCGGAGACCGAUGAUCCCCAGAACCCGUCCGAUGACGAACCACUUCAACAAGAGAAUGCGGAAGGUGACGGAUCGGACGCUCGCAAAAACAAGACAUGGAUUGCGCUCAAUCGCAUUAAGGAGCAGGUGAAGCGCAUACACCGGAAGGUCCAUUGGUUGCGGUUGGUGGAUAUUGUUGCCGUUAAUACCACAGUCAACUUUCUCGAGGCCGGGCAGGUUCAGGUCGGCACGUUGUCAUUGGCGGUGGAUACGAGACGUAAGAUGGUGGAGCGAGGGAAGGUCUUUCGUCGGAAGAAAGGCGAGUCUGGUGAACAAAGGCCUGCUGAAUGGAUUCUGAAUGUGAACAACGUCCAACUUGUUGUCGAGGGCAAUGAGCCUGUUGAACUUCUGGACCAUGUUGGGGUGAACAUACACGGGAUGUUGCAGAAGGGUCUUGAUGGCUUGAGGGAUGCGUCGGUUGCUUUCAAAAUCGGGAGGAUGCAUAUCCCGUAUGAUGACUUGAUGCUUCUAGCGCAGCGCAUAAAGCGGUCCCGAAGGCCGACUAUUCCAAUCGAUAUUGCGGAACCCGACGAGGAGGUCUCCUUCGCCGAUUAUGUGGAAGAGCUGGAGAAGCCGGGCAGCACAGAUGAGUCAAUUGUUACGACAGUCACUGCCUCCAAGGAGUUUGCCGGCUCUCUUCUGCGUGGAAUCCAGGAGAUCCAGGUAGCACUGAGCUUUUUCAGGCUAUCUCGGGCAGUCCAGUCGCCGUCCUCCGACCACAAUACUGUUUACCUCAAUGUUGUAUCCCACGAAAUCGGUAUUGACCUCCACCGAAUGGACCAGACGAGUCCGGCGCAUCGUAUGUACUUCCAGCGGAAUGACAUUGCUCACCAAGCACUUCUUGCGGCUAUCUCCCUCUCCGUGAGUUUAGACGACAGCUCAGGAGAAACGGACAACAUUCUGUAUAUCCCCAUGGCCACUACAACUAUCAAGACUACACUACCAUCUAAAACAAUCAGCUCAUAUGAUGGCUUCAAUGCGGAAGAGCGAAAUACAAACAUCCUUUUCGCCAAUUUAGUUGUCACCUCUCCUGCCCUUGACCUCGAGCCCCGCCAUGUUUCGCGACUUUUGGGCUUGGCUCAACACAAGGCAUCAAGAUCUCGAGGAAAGAAAAGGGCGAAAGGCCAGUUGAUUUCGCGUCUACUUCCCAAGGCGAAUAUCAAACUCUCUGUCCACGAGCCGGUUGUCCGCUUUGUUCUUCCGAUUCAGGACUCCCCUUCUACCGGUGAAGAUGACUAUAAUCUCCUUAUCUCCUCAAUCUCUUCCAUCUCCGUUGACCUUGAAUCUUCUCACUCUUCCGAGGGCGGCGCCCACUACUCCCUAUCAUCUAUCUAUCGGGUUGCGUCCCAUAAAUUUUACUACCAAACGCCAUCUGGAAUCAAACACAAUCUCCUAACGACAGAUAAUAUGGAAUUAAAAUUCCAUCUUAGCGCAUCACCAGAGGUAUGCGUUAUGGUCUCUGGCACUCUGAAUACAUUCUCAGCCCACAUGGUCAACUGGGAGGUCAACCGUGGGAUACAACAAGUCGUCGAGCAAUUCCACGCUCAAAUGCGACCUAAGCAGAGAUACCCCAUCGCGGUUGAAGAGCGGAGGCCUAGUGUACUGAGACGCCUUCCACUUUGGUUGACCCGGUUUCAAUUUGAGGCAACUGGAUUCAGUCUGGAAAUUGCUGGGGUUGAUGAAAGUGUAUCGAAUGCGACGCGGGGCGUCUCAUUGCAACUUCAGUCAUGGACAGCUGAUUAUCGAGCCCAGAAAACAGAGCCAAGUGCUGUGAGCAUGGUACGGCGGCGAACUCCCAGCCACUCCACAAUUGGCGACGAGUCUCCAUUCAGAUUUACUCCUACGUCUCCUCCCAAACAAACCAGAGCAGGAGCUGCAGAUGGCAGGCGGCUAGCUUUCCAUGCCCGAGGCUUCGAGGGGUUUGUCAUUGAAUCCGAAGACUAUCUUGAGUCCGAGCCAUUUCUUUCGCUUCCAAGAUUUGAGGUGGCACUCAGCACGUCAAGUGACCGUCUGGGGCCGCUAUUCAAUAUCCACUCCGUAAUCAAGGGCGUUUAUCUCCAAUACUCGCUUUAUCGAUACUAUUGUCUCAGUGUUGCACUGUCCGUACUUCAAGGGGCGUUCUUGAAGCAAGCAGACGCGUCUUCCCAGAAGUAUGGUAAUGAUUUCCAGCCUCCUUCUUCUCCCCGCCCUGCCAUGCAGAGGAGCGAGCUUAUUACGGUAGAUGUAAAAGCUACCGCAAUUCAACUCAAGACCUUCAUGCCCGCAGACCCACCAAUGCUGCUUCAGGUAUAUGGUGUCACCGCCGGCUAUCACCGCCAUUCAGCCCCAUUUCUUCGAGCCCACCUGGUCCGACUACAUGCCGAAGCACCUAAACUCAAAGGUGUUUGGGCAAGGAUUGUCAGUAUGAACAACGUCCGUCUCGAUAUGCGGAAAAUGAAAUUGAAGCAGGGCAAGAACCUGGUGGAAGAUAACUCGAUCGAUAUCUGGACCGACUUCGUACGAUUAGGUGUUCCCCACCAUAUGAUCAUGCAUCGCAUUUUCGACAAUGUGAUUAAUACCUCCAAGGCGCUUAAACAACUACAUCAGCGCCAGAAGACCCACUCUUCAGAAUUUACGUCAAAAAGAGGGCCAGAAGAGCCAAAGAAAGUGCCAAAGAUCUCGUUUCGGAGUAAAGCACUCUUAUUUGAAUUGGAGGAUGAUGCUUUUGAGUGGAAGCUUGGGUGUAUAUAUCGAGCCGGUCUUAUUGAACAGCGCCAACGACGAGCUAGAGAGGAUGCAUUUGACUUGAAGGUGCAGAAACUUAGGGAAUCCGAUCAACGGCGGACCUCUUCCAGGCUACGUACUCGGUCUAGUCACCGAACGCUUCGCAGUGAGCGAGUCAGUUCGGAUACGCGCAGAAGCAAGAGUGCUGAUGCCAAACCAAGGGAUGAUGCGAAAUCAAGGGACGAUGCAUCCGAUGAGAAGCGUGGACGUGGCAAGAAAUUCAGGUACGAUACCGAGGGUGUCUCCAGCUUCUCUUGCGACGCCAAGUUGUCCGUGGAGAACGCUCGGUACCGCCUCCAGCAGUACAACGCGCGAAGCUGGAAGUCUAAGAUCGACGCCGUGAUGCAAUUCCAGGGUUCGUCCAUCAGGGAGGUCCGAAACCUAUUCUCGGGAGCCGAUGAGCCCCCUGAAGAUGUGGUUGAAACCGAGACGGUGCUCGCAAUACCGAAUAGACCCGCUCUCAUGGCUGCCUUGAUUAGCGACGUGAACCUAGUAAUCGAUAAACCGACGUUUCCUUAUGAAAAAUAUCCCCAGUUCCUUCAUGACAUUGGCAAAGGCAUGCCCAUGUCUACGAAGUAUGCACUACUGAUUCCUAUGAGUAUCCAGCUAGACAUGGGCGAGGCUCGUGUCAAUCUGAGAGACUACCCCUUGGAUUUCCUGCACAUACCGGCGCUGCGACCCGGGCAAUCACCUCGACUUCCAAGUUGGUCGCUCCGAACCAACUUUGUUAUUGCUGAAGAAUACCGUGAUUAUAAGUCGUCGAGGCAAGUGAAGGUGGAACUUGUUCCUUCGUCCGAGCUGCCCGAUGGCACGACAAGCCCGCCUUUCGUCCUUGAUGUGUGGAGGUCUGUUAGUCCCGUGAAGACCUAUUCAGAUCCUGUUAUCGAGAUCAACACAAAUCUCCCCACGAGUAUAUCCUGGGGCAUGUCAUACCAGCCUGUUAUUCAGGACAUGAUGAAGAUCAUUGAAGGAUUUACCAAGGUGGAAAUUGAUCCCUCUGACCGAGUCGGAUUCUGGGACAAGAUUAGGCUCAGUUUCCAUUCUCGGAUUCGAGUCAAGUGGAAGGAAGAUGGUGAUGUUCAUUUCCGCAUGAAGGGCUCUCGCGAUCCGUACGUGGUAACCGGAUUUGGCUGCGGAUUCGUCAUGUGUUGGCGCAAAGACGUCCAGUGGAACAUCCAUACCAGUGAUGAUCCGAUGGAAUUCAUGAGUGUUACUAGUGGAGAAUACGUCCUGGCAAUUCCCGACUACAGCCACGAAGCCCGUUACAUGGCCGAGGCAACAGCUGAUGAUCUCGAAUCAGCCUCAACAUCGAGCGAUGUUAAGAAUGCGGCUUACUUCAAGAAGGUCAUCAUGAAAUUAUCGGGUGAUGUGAAAUGGGGUGCUGGCUUGGUUUUCGAGCGCAAUGUCAACGAUCGUGAGCGGUCGAUGGAGUUUAGGCCUCACUACGAUGUAGUCCUGCAGAACCCUAUCUACGUCGAUGCAGAACAACGCAAGGAUUACGAUGCUUAUCGCGGAUUCCGAAGCAAUCACAUCCAUCUUUCUGUCGCCAUAAUUGCGCCGGACAGCAAGAACUGGGCUUCCGAUUUUGAGAAGCCAACCUCGAGCUACAACACAGUUCAUUUGACCCCGCGUUUCUUUACGCAUUUCUACAGCUGGUGGUCGCUUUUCUCUGGCGUUAUGUCAUUGCCUGUUCGUCAAGGAAAGCUGUGGCCCGGGAUUACGAAAACGAACAAGAAGUUCAAUCGGCAUUUGGCUACUAUCAAGUAUAAGUUGCUUCUAGCUCCUCUAUUUGUCGCCCACAUCUACAAGCAUAAGGAUUCCGAAGAUUAUGCGGAAGAUGUCGUCACCGCCACGGGAUUAAAAGUUCGACUAGACAGCUUGAAGUUGGAUGUGCAUCAACGACGCGAACAAAUCAAGGUCCCAUCCAAAGGACGGCUGAGACAACCUCAGGCCAGUGCUAUCCGGAUUUACAAGGCAGAGUUGGACUUGCAGGCUGCAGACUUUAGAGCCGUUUCCGCAAGUAUUGAAGGAACGAAUCUCGAUGAUAUCGAAAGGAAACGAGAUGACAUUCUGUCUUCCUUCCAACAACCAGUGGUACCAGCUGACCUAUCUCGCUUCACCAUUCCGGAUCAUAAUCUCGACUGGGUUGACAUGGAUGAUUUUGUCGAGCUUGAUUGGAUCCUCCCGCAGGAGUCUAAUCCUCGAACUAAGAUCCUGCCACUGGCCUUUACUCCUCGCUUCACAUACUUCAGACAGACAGACCACCGAGAAAUUGCUCCUGGUCAACCUGGCUACUCCAGCUUUGGGCAUGAGGAUACCCACGCGUGCGUUAUGUCCGAAAGAAAUGAGCCCCGUCGGGUACAGAUAGAGCUUAUCAAAGACCGACUUUCUACGGUGGAAUCCAAACUACAAGAAUUUAGCCGCACCAUUGGCGAGCUGGAGUUGCAGAUGGCAAAGGAUAUUGACAACAAUGAGCGGCUUAAGGUCCAGCACGGCGAAUAUCUCCGGCAGGCGGCAUCGCUCGCUCGAAGGCGCGCUUUUCUGACCGCGGGGCUUCAACGACUGGAGAAACAGCUUCUCCGGAGCACCAGGGGCCCUGAUGUCAACCAGAAUGAAGCUGCCGAUUCAGACUCGGCGAGCGAGAGCAGGGAAACGGACUUUGAUGCAUUUUACUCAUCCGCCAAUGAUGAUGUGAACAGCGAUUUCAACAACCGGUUUAUGAUCCACAGCGUGCAACUGAAGUGGAACAACUCGCUAAGGAACAUCAUACUCCGUUAUAUCCACCAAGUCAGCCAAAGACGUGGGUUUGUGUAUUACAUGUCUCGGAGGGCUGUCAAGUUUAUCUUGGAUAUUGUUGAAGAACAGAGCAAGAACCAAGGAAGUUAUUCCAAGAUGUUUAAAAGCUCAUCAAGGAGGCCUUCUACCACUGUGAACGACAUGAACGACGAUGAUUCAGAUGUGGAGGACCGCAUCGAGCAGCUGCUCCAUGAUGCCAAGCGCUUCGUCAAUGCAGAGGAACUAGAACGCUCCGGCUCUGGCCGAAAAGAUCCAGCAACCGUCAGGGCUGAGUCCAGUCAAAGCAUAUCUCCCGAGUUCACUGCGCAAAAUAGUUACUACCUACGACUCAUUGCGCCUCAAAUCCAGCUGCAGAGCGAGAAGAAUCACAAAUCGGUGAUCCUUGUUGCUGCAAAGGGUAUGCAACUUGAGGUUGUGUCUAUCAUGGACAAAGAGCGCACCUUCGACGAUAUUAGCGGUCUCGUACAACGCCGUUUUACCCUCAGCAUGGAUGGCGCUCAAUUCUUUGUUGCAGCGCAGAAGAAUCUCAUGACGUAUUUGCAGUUUUACGCCGGGAACAAAUACGGAAAUGCCCCGGGGUCUGCAUGGCCGCCUUGGCUUACUCUUGAGGCUAUGUUUGAUUUCGAGCUUAAUCCUUUCGGCUUCUCAAGGAUCAUCCAGAAGACUUCUGCCAGCUUGCGAUACGACAAAUACAACAACCUCCGUCUGAAGUACAAUGAUGAAGUAGCCAAGGGGCAGCUAGACCAGGAAGGAGGACAUCCUGAUGGCCAAGAAACUCGAAUGGACAGUAUCAGCGUUGAUUUCCCCCAGUUCCGCGCCAUUUGUGACUCUGCCGAGUAUUACGCGCUUUAUAUCAUCGUCCUCGAUCUCCUUCUCUACAGCGAACCCCUUGAGAAGGUCCGGAGCGAACGUCUUGAAAGGAUCAUGCUUACCUCUGACUUCAGUGAUCUAAGAGGUGCUCCAGAGAUGGUCUACAAACUACAGUCUCGAAUUCGACAGCUAGAAGAGAUCAAGGACCAUUUCCAAAUUCAUGCCAAGUACCUAGACAAGCGCGGUUGGGAGGAUCGAUUGAUCCUGGAGAGGGAUAUUGCUCGUUGUGAGGAUGAGCUGUUCUUCUUGAUGAAGGCAAUCACUACUUCGCAACGGAAAGUCGAGCCCACAACGUCAAAUGCCACGGGUCUUCUACGCUGGAAUAUCUCUGCCACUGAGAUCGUUUGGCACUUAAUGAAGGAUGAGUCGGAGCCUCUGGUCGAAUUCCAACUGCGCAAUGCAGAAUACGACCGCACUGAUAAUAGCGAUGGCUCGAAUCAUAACCAAGUUGCCGUUGAACGGGUGUACGGUUUGAACCUCUUGCCAGAUGCCGUAUAUCCACAGAUUAUCGUACCUUAUCUUGACCAGGCUCGACGUCUUGAGGGCCCGGAUGACUACAUGGUCAAGGUGAAGUGGCAUAUGCUCGAGGCUGUUGCUGGAAUUCCUGUUGUGGAUGAAUUUGAAGUCUCAUUGUUCCCGCUGAAGAUCCAGUUGGAACAUGAGCUUGGACAGAGGGUAUUCGAGUACAUGUUCCCUAAUGUCGGCUCGAAUGCCUUUGAGAACGGUGGUUUCUCGCCUUUCAUGAUCAAGAACGUUAAACCCUUGGAAGAUUCGGAUUCCGAAGAGGGGUCACCCGCAAUUUCUACCGCCGACUUCCCCGAACACAGUGAUGCAUCUGGGGAUGAUACGGCGAAGGGCCCUAGUCCACUCGAGCUGAGGCUCCAACCUACGUUGUCGCUAUCCGAAAACCCACGCAUUGAACGCCGCCCUACGCAGCUCAAGGGCCUCUCAAUGACCCCUAUUCACAAGGAUAAGGAUAAUCGGCCCCAGACUCGGCCUUCUAAUACACUUUUGAAGAAAAAGUCGACAGACAGCCUCAAGGUUUUGUCACGGCAGGCAACUUCAAUGUCAACCACCAGUGUCAACGCGAACGACGAAAAGGGCAAGAAAUUCGGCUUGGGUAUAAUGGGCCACAAGAGCGGGAAGGGAGGCAAGAAGGGUGUUGAUGACUUUGCCCAGAUGAUGGCUCGUGCAUCAAACUACAUGACGCUCGCCCACGUCAGGGUCCAGGACGUGGUCCUUUGCGUUAGCUACAAGGGUAGAGCAGAGCAUAAUAUCGAGGAUCUGCACGACUUCGUCUUCAGACUUCCCAUCCUCGAGUACCGGAACAAGACAUGGUCCAACCUCGACCUGGCAUUGCGACUCAAGAAAGAUGUCAUCAAGGCUCUCAUCUCCCACACGCCUGCAAUUCUAGGCAACAAGUUCUCCCACCACCGUCCCUCUAAACAGCAACUGAAACGCUAUCGCGAGCUUGCGUCUUCGUCUCAGGUCCUUAAUAACCAAGACAACCAAACUCCAGCUACUGAGAACGGCCAAAGCCCUAGCAUGCUUAGUGCGGAUUCCAGCAGUGGGUAUAACUCAGAAUCGCAAUCUCAUCGCUCAUCUCCUCUCGGGCGGUCGAAUUCUCUAGGAUCUAGUAUGUAUAGUGGCCAAGACCAGAGUGGGCUGUUCCUCGAUUCUCGCUCUGCGAGUGAAGUCGAUGUUGACGCUCGCUGGGAACAAUCCCGACGUAUCGUCUACCCUCCCAACCGACCUAUGACAUCUCACACCACCAUUACGCGCUCUGAUACCGCACGGAAAAUAGGCGACUCGGAAGAUAGCUCCAAGUCGACGAUUCGCAACUUUGGCCGCAAGCUGAUACCCGGUCGAAAGUGA